UUAUGGUACAUAUUCAACAAGAUUUCCCCACAUCUCGGCAGGAAAGACCCAUCCUGUCAUUUACCAGAAACACCGUCAGUGCUUCGUCGGCAGUGAGCAGGAACUUUCUCUAUAAAUACUCCCUCUGCUCCCGACUCCUGACUCCUACAACAACAACAGCAGUCAACAAAAGCAAAUCCAGGAGCAGAAAUGUCGGUCUACCCCACGUUGAUCAUCCUCGCAGCCAGUCUAGUGGGAUCGUUCUGUGCCCCACCACAGACCUGCAAGAUGCUGAAACCCAGAAAGAUUGAGCUGACAAGCCCCACGUUCACAGGAAAGUGGUACCUCCUCCGCUGGGCAACCCAGUAUGAGCCAUACCGCCAGGAAUUCGGUCAAGUGGACAACACCUUUAUCCUGAUCAGCCCCGUUGUCCAAAUGAACAAAACGUUGAUAAAAGGCUACAUGAGAAUAGGAAACAACUGUAUUUCGGAGAUGGAGGCUUACCGUUUAUCCAACAACGGCCUGGAAUUCACCUGCGAACCGAGGCCAUACAUGGUAUUCCGGGUCCUCAACACAAAAAUUCCAAAUUGCCUGAUUACCCACACGCAAGAGAAGAGACAAGGCAAAAUGUACCACACAAUCGCACUCUACGGUCGAAAUCCAAAUGGGCUGGAGAAUGGGCGUAAGAUCUUUGAAGAUCAGAUUCUGUGCGUGGGAAUGAAGAAAGAAAAGAUUGUGGUUCCACCUCGAAAACAGGAUGAGUGUGACCCACAAAGUACAGAGGACGCGGUCUAACGGAAAUGAAGAAAUGGACUCUUCUUGUCAACACAAGCUUUGCAAAACCCACUGUCUAGCAAUGCUUUUCCAAAACCAAGUUUUGAAACUAGGAGCAAAGAGUUGUUUGCAAUAUUUCAGUGUUAGUUCUCUGAACUGUUUUUCCCAGAAAAUAGUCUUGUUUGCUAAUGGCCAACCGCAGAAUGUUCCCCUGGGUCUGCAGCUUCCCAUGGAACACUCCCACUCCCUCCACCAUCGACGCUCAGUAACAGCAGUGUGUACUAUCUACAAGAUGCACUGCAGAAAUUCACCAAAGCUCCUCACACAGCACCUUCCAAACCCACAACCAUUUCCAUCUAGAAGGACAAAGGCAGCAGAUAUAUGGGAACACCGCCUGCAAGUUCCCCUCCAAGCCACUCACCAUCCUGACUUGGAAAUAUAUGCUGUUCCUUCACUGUCACUGGGUCAAAAUCCUGGAAUUCCCUCCCUAAGGGCAUUGUGAGUCAACCUACAGCACGUGGACUGCAGUGGUUCAAGAAGGGAGCUUACCCCCACCUUCUCAAGGGUCAACUAGGGAUGAGCAAUAAAUGCUGGGCCCAGCCAGUGACACCCAAAUCUCAUGAAAUAAUCCAAAUCAUUUUAAAUUCCCUCUGUCUACCUCUCCAUCACUCUACCUCAUUUUGCUCUUUUACUCUUCCUUUCCGAUAGCGAGUUUUGAGAAGAUUUAUAGCUCAGGUUGAGGUUCUGGAUGUAGGUUUGCUCACUGAGAUGGAAGGUUCAGUUUCAGACGUUUCAUCACCACACUAGGUAACAUCAGCAGUGAGCCUCUGGUGAAGCACCGGUGGUAUGGCCUGUUUUCUAUUAAUGUGUUUAUGUUUCCUUGGGUUGGUGAUAUCAUUUCCUGUGGUGAUGUCAUUUCCAGUUAUUUUUAUCAAGGGGUGGUAAAUGGGAUCCAAGUCAAUGUGUUUAUUGAUAGAGUUCCGGUUGGAAUGCCAUGCUUCUAGGAAUUCUCGUGCAUGUCCUUGGUUUGUCCUCGGAUGGAUGUGUUGACCCAGUCGAAGUGGUGUCCUUCCUCAUCUGUCUGUGAGGAUACUAGUGAGAGAGGGUCAUGACAUUUUGUGGCUAGUUGGUGUUCAUGUAUCCUGGUGGCUAGUUUUCUGCCUGUUUGUCCAAUGUUGUGUUUGUUACAGUCCUUGCAAGGUAUGUUUAUUUGUAAAUGUCAUUAAUUUUGCUUCUGAAAUGUAAUGUUAUUUACAAACUAAUGCAGAAAACUAGCCACCAGGAUACAUGAACACCAA